UUCCACUUGCACUUCCGGGUUCUAAUGUUUACAACUGGGAGCAGCGUUGAGAACACCGAGCUGUUUUCCAAACCCAUCUUUUAUGUUAAAAACAACAUGUGCUCGGAGCGCUAGGAUCGAUACAGUGUGACGAUGACCUGUAUAAAUCAAUGAGGGAAGGUAAGGUCCUCUGUAUUUACCACCACCCCCCUGGUUGUAAAUCUCUACAGUGGCACAGGCAGCAGAGCUCCAUCAUCGGGAUCAGCUGCUGGGAGUGUAGAAUAAACUAUGAAGAAGAAAAACAGACGUCCAAGGUCCAGCAGGACACAGGCAACAGUGAGUGUCAGUGAGGAGAAGAGGCCGCCUGGAAACAGAGGGAGACCUCGGAAGACUGUCCCUGUGACUGCAGACAGUUUCUACCAUGACAGCACUGCAAACAGCAAGACUGCUAACUUAGACUUCAGCGUGCCAGCAGUUGACGACAUACAGAUACACCCAGAGACCAAGUCCAAAUCUUCAGCAGGUAGACUGUCCACUGCUGUCUGUCGGCUCUGCCACGGGAAGUUCUCUCCACGCAGCCUGCGACACGCCUUCGACAAGUGGCCUCAGGGUUCCAUUGAUAUUGUUGACGACGAGUCAGACACUGCGGUCCAGUCACCCCUUUUAUUCCACACAGACUUCCAGCGACUGGUCGGGGUCCAGUUGGACCGUGACCCGCGGUUAUCUGAGUUCAUCUGCAAGAAAUGCCAUGCCAAGUUCUACAAGUGUCACAGCAUCCUGAUCAGGUUUCUGCAGAGAGUUAACCUCCCACCAGUUGGGAAAGAGAACCUGAAAAGCCGGAAGAAUGCAAUCUUUCCAGAGUCCUCAGUAAACCAUGGCUCAAUAACUCCGCCAUCCUUUACCUCAGACCCUAAGUGCCUCCAUAGCCUGGUGUCCUGGGCUCACCACCACGGAGAGGCCUGCCGGUCCUGCCCCGACCUGAAGGAGGUUCUGGAGGACCAGUGCUGGGGAUCUGUCAAAGCUGUUUGGGGUUGCGUUGAUGGUCACAGCUACAUCAUGGACACUCAGUGCACAGCCACUACCAACCCGGAGUACAUGGUGAACUUUAGCAGUGCAGCAUUAGGGGGUGGCAAUGGUGAUGGAAUGAUGUCAGAGGAGGAGGAACAGUACCAGGAGGAAGAUGAAGAAGAGCAACCCAGCAGUAAUGGAAGGACCCCAGCAAGAAGUAUAAGCACUCUGAUUCAACACAGUCCACCUGCAGUCACAGCUCAGACUCUGGAUCACUGGGGCAGGAACGAUGAAGAUUUUACAGGUCAGGAGGAGGCGCUGUCUCCUGUUCCGGCCCAGCUGGAGGACAGGGCUGCUGACAGUGAUCUGUCUGACAGGGUUAUCUCCGAGGAUGACUUUGAGGAGGGGAGGAAAGGAGGGUUAUUGGACGACGAGCUGUUUGAGCCGUAUUCUGACAAGAGAGGUCGCAGGGUGACCGUCCCCAGCAAGAGAAGACGAAGCCCGAAGCCGACGGAGGAGCCCAAAAUCAAAAAGAAACCUGGACCCAAACCCGGCUGGAAGAACAAGUUCAAACCUAAAGGAGAGGAGCUGCCCAACAUCUACAAGUGUCCGUAUCAGGGCUGUACCGCCGUCUAUAGAGCUCCCGAUGGUCUGAAGAAGCACAUCAAGGAGCAUCAUGAGGAGGUGAGAGAGCGCCCCUGCCCUCACCCUGGCUGCAACAAGGUUUUCAUGAUCGACCGCUACCUGCAGCGACACGUCAAGCUCAUCCACACAGAGGAGAGGAACUACAUUUGUGACCAGUGUGGCCAAACCUUCAAACAGAGGAAACACCUGUCAGUUCACCAGAUGAGACAUUCAGGGGCCAAGCCACUACAAUGUGAGGUGUGUGGCUUCCAGUGUCGGCAGCGAGCGUCACUAAAAUACCACAUGACCAAGCACAAGGCAGAGGCCGACUUGGACUUUGCGUGCCUGAUGUGCGGCAAACGUUUCGAGAAGGCCCACAACCUGAACGUCCACAUGUCCAUGGUCCACCCGCUGACUCAGACCGAGGUUCAGAGAGGCAGCAGUCAGCAGCAGCCGCUGUACUCCGACCUGCACACCAUCACUCUGACCGGGGAGGUGGUUCACCAAGACCAGGACAGAUGACGGCAGGGAGUCCAGAUCCAGGUCUGCUGCAGGGGCACAUAAACUGUGGGACAGGGACCAGUUCCGACCACCUGUACUGUAGUUUCGCUUUCAGGUCAAAGACUUUGCAUUCAAAAUAGAUGCUUAGCUCAGCUUGUGUGUCAUAUCAAACUGUCGUCUUCAACAUAAAAGAACAUUUUAGUGGAUACUGACCAACCUGUUGAUAAUUACUGUCUUAUAGACAGCUCUUUAGAGUUUUCAAGAACCACUUCUUAUUUCAAAAUGAAUCCAUUUUAUUGUCAGGACAUCUUCUGACCAAGUAUACCACAAGUUUAGGGUUUAGCUUGUUUUGGGGGUAGGCAGCGGUCUUUCCUUCACGUGUAACAAUGACAAACACUGCAGUGCAACCUGACCUCUGCUCUUCUACAGUUUGUAUCAUUACUUUGUUUUAAGGUUGUAAUCUAAAGUUUUUUUAGUUUGGUUUGAGUUGGCGAUACCUGUGGUUACCGUGGUAAUAACAGGAGCUUCUGCUGUAUCUGCGGCUGCUCCUGACUUUCCUUACUCAGACAUUUUUUAAAUUGAUCUGCAGUCCACAAUAGUUUUGUUUUGUAGAUGCAUUUUGACAAACGAUCACGGUUCGGCCCUCACGGUCUAACCUCAGUGACAAAUGCAUUGCUUUAAAGUUCCAGUGUGUAAUAUUUGGAAGGAUCUAUUGGCAGAAAUGGAAUAUAACAUUCAUAGGUAUGCUUUCAUACUAUGUACAAUCACCUGAACAUAGGAAUUUCAUGUGUUGUGGUUUCCUUAGACUCAGCUGUUUUUAUCUACAGACUCCCAAGUUGCCUUCUAUUGAGCCCCCUUCUACAGUGUAAACUGUAAACACUGGCUCUGUAUAGGGGCAUAUCUGUUUUUGGCACAUUUUGCAGCCACUGUAAUUUUUCAUUUGCGCUUGGAAGAGGAGGGUGAAGCGAGGGAGUUGCAAAAACAAUGUAGCAAGAUAGUAAGCAGAGGUAAAAUUGAAUGGUUCAUAAACCCUGCAAUUGUGGCUCCAAACAGGAACUAUUAGGAAGAGAAGUGCAGAUCAGGAGUACCCCUUUUCUACCAAAUCAGCUCUGGUUCUUGAACCAGGUUCAAGAUUCAAUAACAGCCAACAAUAAAUGUUAUUAGGAAUAAACCUGCCUUCUGAGUGAACUGUAGCUGGGUACGUGUAGAGCCUAAUAUUUAGUUGUUUGAAGAACACUGCUUUAUGCAGUAGGAACCUUUCUUACAGUUUGACAGUAAACAGUGUGAGUGAUGUCAGAGAGAUCAAAUUACAAACAGAAACACUGGAUUACACACUGCAUCGUUUCCUGUCUAUCCCACAUUCAUAGCUGUGCAAAUAAAAUCCAGCACAGGAAUGGUGGACUCCGCCACAAUAAGGAACAAUAUUUAAAGAGAUAAUCAUAGAAUGUAAUGUAAAUAUAUUGUCUAUUGCUAAAACAAUGGCAACCAUAAAUAGUAUCAAAAUCUGGUUUAAUUUCAUGAAAAUCUUAAGGAUUAUAACAACCUCUCCUGGUGCCUCUGUUAAGAGGGAUUUGACACUGCCUGUAGAGUAUAUGCAUCUAUACAGACAGUUUUAUUAGAUAGCUGAAGUAACCUACAUAAAUGCAGUUGUAAGUCAUAUAAUUCAAUAUCCUUGUUACAUACAAUAUAUGUAAAGCACUGUGUAACCUCACAGUGCAAAUGGUUGUGCAGAAUGAUUUCUAAGAACAUUCACUUCAGUUUUAUUAGGUCACUGUUUUUUAUUAAGUUAUUACAAUGUUAAGUAUUCUUUUUAAGAAUGUGUCUCUAUGUUGUAAACAUUGAAAAGGGCUUCAGGUGUAUAAUAAAGUCCUGUGUGGAUUAUGUACAAAAAGACAUGUAAAUAAAAUGUAGACUUUUUUUAA